GCGCCAAAAGUUAGCCCAACGCCGGCGCGAGGUCGCCUUUCGCGUGCCAAAGAAGCAGAAAGCUACGGUAGCGAGAGGGGACGAACCUCAGCCAAAGAGAUUGAAGAAGUGUUAACAACAGCGUUCGUCCAUUGUGAUCGUCGCGUCAACCAUGAAGAUCCCCAAAGAGGUUCAGUGCCGUACCUGUGCGCAGGUGUUUUGCUGUGGCAAGUGUCGUCAGAAGCACGAGGACGUUCAGCACCAGGACGUGAAGGCGAUCCGGCAGAUUUGCUACAUCUGCAACAAUAGACCGUUCCCGCUGCGAGUCGACACGAAGAUCAGCGCGAGUAACGUGCUGGUCGAGCACAUCUUGCGGGAACAUUUGCCGCUGCGGUGCAAUCGGUGUGCCAAGGUCUUCCACACAGCCGCCGACUUCAAGUCGAUCGCUCGCUGCCUCACAGCACACGGUCCUGCCUCGGAUCAAGCCUGCCACCUCGAGCACAGCCAGCACAUCCCAACGAUCUUGGAGAAUGUCGCCGCGGAAGGAGAAAACAAAGAAAAUAUUGAUGAAAACAACUCCGCCACCUCCUCGGAACGAUCCACCCACAACUCGGCCCCUCCAACGGCCAUCAAGGUGAAGCUCACCGCCAACACGCCCCAAAUAUCCAAAGAACUACGUGCCAUCACCGACCCCCCCGAGGACAUCGAACCCGUCAACGAAGCCAUGCUGACGCCCCUGUCGAUGAUCAACCUGCGCUGGAAGCGCAAAAGUCGCCAAAGCUUCGACAGCAUGCUCUCGACCACCAACAACAUCUCGGCGGUGAACGCUUCGGAAGGGGCGAUGCUCGUUCCGCCGUCCAGCCCGGCCAAGAAGCUUGUCCGGACGACGUCGACGCCGAUGAUGCACGGGUGUUUGCCGCACCAUCACCAUCACCACAAGAUGACCAGCUACAACGAGUCGUACACCAGUGCGAUGGGACAGAUGUCGAGCAUUCACGCGAAUAGUACAAGCGAGCAACAGCAGCAGCACGUUCAGCAGCAGCAAGGGCCAGCGGCAGCAACGCCGGCUUCGCCGACGAAUUAUGAGAUUCAUAAGGUCCGCGCCAUCAUCCGGAGCCGCUCGAAGGCCGUGGCCGCCACACCGCUGCGCCAGGUCAUGUCCAAGAGCAUCCAGCGGGCGAUCGCCCAGCACGGCUACUCCAAGCUGGUGGCACCGGGAACACAACGCAAGAUGAGCUUCAACUCGACGGGCGGAAGCAGCAUCAGCGGAAGCCCUGCCCGGAGUGCGUUGGAUCUGCGAACGACGCCGGUGCUGAAGCGCUGCUCGAGCGCAUCUUCCGGACAUCACAGAACUGCCAAGAUGGUUCGGCUGGGGGUGAAAGCGCGAAGUGAGGACAGCAGCAAUGCAAGCACGUUGGAGGACCGCAGCGUUGAGGCGGGUUCCGAGUAUUACGAAACGCACCAGAAUGUGGACUCGCUGAACAGUACCGCGGACCAGGAGAACUUGGAGAAGGUGGGGGACGCCGAACCGGUGGUGAUUCAAUUCUUGAAACCUAUGGCGAGUUCUUACCAGGAAACUCCGAAAGUAGCCGGAGGAAUGCUCAAGAAGGUCAUUUCGUUCACGAGUCCGGACGUGACUCGACUCGGCGUCGUACCCCGGCCCGAAUCGGAAGACGAAGCUGACGACGACGUUUGGUCCACUCCGUGCGGUGCCAUUCCGCCACCUCGCAGCUUCAGCUGCUCAGCCCUCAAAGACUUGGGCCGUUCGGAGGAAACCGACGACGAUGUCUUCCUUCCACCAGCCAACCCACCACCCCCAGCCAAAUCAAAAUCCUGCAAGCAACUCAACCUAGACUCACCAGGCGCCCCCAGCACCGGCAAGCUGUGGACCAUCGUGUCCAGCGUGAUCCGGCUGGCCUCCCGCCAAGACAUCCAAGACGACCUGACCGCCAACACCACCAACGAUUCCACCAAACUGACCUCAACGCUAGCCCAGAAAGCCGCCUCCUUCGCCGGCUUCCUCAAAAACAAGUUCCCCGGAGCGAACCGCCCGAACCUGCGCUCCUCCUCCGGAUCGGACGAAUUCUCCGCGAUAUCCUCGAGCGGUGGCAUCAAGAGACGUCGGUCGAUGGCGCGGCCGUACGAAUCGCGUGGAAACAAUCCGACGGUGGCACCGGUGUAUCGGACCAGUUCGAGUCCGCUGCCCAAGCGGAAGCGCAUUCAGGGACGGAAACCGAUCGAGCGGAUGAGGAACGAAAGUCGCAGUGAAAGUGGGAGUGAUUUUUGAAUGGAUGACAACGACGGUGACGACGGAUUGUGGACGGAAGCGGGAAAAUGGGCAAUAUUAGGGAGAGGAAGCGGACGAAGCAAUGAACGGUGAACGAGUGUUCCUUUCUUUCAGUUUUUUGAUGAUCGCGUUUGAAUUGUUUAUUUUACCAUUGAAAGGAAAGGAAUGCAAAACUAAUAAGAAGUAAAGUAAAUCUUUUGUAAGUAGUUUUAAGCUGUGCCAUAUUGUGUCCCAUAUAUUUGAUGAAUAAACGUAUUAACGAAUUGAGAAUU